UUUGGGUUUAAAAAAAAAGAGCGUGCACAUGUGGUGCACCACGUCUGUUCUCUUUGGCUCUGUGGGAAAAAUUUUAGCAAUAAGUUUACCUACGAUCGAGGUUACCGCACCGGCAUUUAACCCGGAUCUAUUGUUUCCUCGAAAAAAGAAUAUUAAUUCCCGUGCAUGCAAGAAACCAUCCUGUGUUGAGGGCAGGCAACAUGUUGGAAGAGUUGAAAACAAGCGAGCUGACGCUCUAUUCCAUUUUGAUAUUCCUGAUAGUGGAAAACCUUGUCAAUUUAUAUCUCACCCGUCGGCAGAUAUACGUCUAUCAAACCAGCAAGGAAGUUCCGGUCGAGCUGCGUGAUGUAAUGACAAAGGAAACGUUUGAAAAGGCCCGACUGUACGGUCUCGAUAAAGCGAACUACGAAGUGUUCAAGCUUCUAGUUUGUGACAUAGCCAUUUCAACGCUAGAGAUCUAUUCGGGAUUCAUAGCAAAAGUGUGGGCUAGGGCAACAGAAUUUACCGACCAGUUCGGAUUGAAUACCGCAAAUGAAAUCCAUGUCAGUAUUGUUUUCUUGAUUUUGAUCAACAUCAUUGGAACUUUUAAAGAUUUGCCGUUUAAAAUUUAUGCUACUUUCGUGCUGGAGGAGAAACACGGAUUCAAUAAACAAACGCCUACCUUUUUCCUCAAGGAUCAAAUAAAAUCCUUCCUGAUUGGACAGCUGUUGUCAGUGCCAAUUGUUGCUGCGAUUGUCUACAUUGUCCAAAUCGGAGGAGAUUAUUUCUUCAUAUGGUUGUGGGCCUUCGUCGGAAUGGUAUCGCUCGUGCUGAUCACCAUCUAUCCGGUUUACAUUGCUCCGUUGUUUGACAAGUUCCGACCCCUGGAGGAUGGAGAGUUGAAGACCAGUAUCGAGAACCUUGCCGCUUCACUCAAAUUCCCAUUAGGCAAGUUGUUUGUGGUCGAAGGCUCUAAGCGAUCUGCCCAUAGUAAUGCAUACUUUACUGGAUUAUUCGGCGCAAAGCGUAUCGUUCUUUUCGACACUCUACUUCUGAACAAAGGCCUACCAGAUGAUGAAACAUUGACCAAUGAUGAAAAGGGAAAAGGCUGUGAAAAUAAAGAAGUUCUUGCUGUGCUAGCUCACGAGCUAGGCCACUGGAAAUUGGGCCACAUUAAAAAGAACAUCAUCAUUAUGCAAGUACAAAUGUUCUUGAUUUUCAUGGCAUUUUCGCAACUCUUCAAAUAUUCACCGUUAUACCAAGCUGUCGGGUUUCCGGAGAAUGUUCAACCAAUAUUGAUCGGAUUUCUCGUCAUAGUUAUGUAUGUUCUGGCACCCUACAACACCGUGAUCUCAUUUGCAAUGACUAUACUGUCCCGUCGAUUUGAAUACCAAGCAGAUGAAUUUGCUCUCGGACUGGGCUACUCGAAGGAACUUGGAAAAGCUCUCAUCAAACUACACAUUGACAACCUGGGAUUCCCGAUCUACGAUUGGAUGUACUCCUCGUGGAACCAUAGCCAUCCGACACUUUUGCAGCGUUUGGAGCGUCUUAAGGUGGACGCUAAUAAAAAACAAAGAUAGAAAGUAAUGGGAUCGUGAUAAGUUGCAUCAGAUCAAAUUAGAAGUAGGAUCUAGUCUAUAGAAUGGGCGCGUACUAAGCGCAGACUGGAGGAAGAGCUGUAUGUCAUAAAUUGCAUUUAAUGAACAAAAUUACACUUCAAAAGCGAUUAAAAAUGUACUUUUCGCGUAGUUUGCUAUAAAUAUUUUACAAAUAAAUUGAAGGCUAGAUUAGAUUGCAAA